GCAGCAAAACGCAAACCGGACGGGCAGAGGUUGGGAAAAAGUUAGCCGCCGGCAGCAAAUGCCCCACCAAUCAGUGAGACAUACGAGCGGCUAUGGGUACCCGACGCCACGUCCCCGCAACUUCACAACGAACAGCAGAGGUAGGAGAGUAAGGAGAGGAGGAAGAGCACUGCCAGUGCUAGGGGCAGUCGGCAGGCGCGGCGCGUUCCCCUCAGUCCCCUUCCCCGGCUGGUCUUGCCGGGAGUAAGGGGAACGAAGCCACCGGCGCGGCAUGGAGCCCAAGCCGUCUUCGGCGGCGCAUGCUGACGCGCCAGCGGUCGAGGCCCCCCGCCGCCGUGGCGGCGGCGGCAAGCGCAAGUCGGCCGGGUCCUCGUUCACGCCGUCGAAGCGUCAGGCCAAGGAGCGGAACGCUUCCUUCCACGUGCCCCCGCAUCUUCUGCACAGCGGGCCGCUCACCCGCGCCGCGCGCCAGUCGCCGCACAAGCUCUCGGGCACGCCGUCGGAGUCGGUGCCAGCGUCGUCGGCGGCCGCAACUGGGGACGGGGUGAGCGGCGGGCAGGCGGUGGUUGAUGCGAUCCGGCCCGAGACAGAGGAAACGCCGGCCCCGGAGCUGCCGCUGGUAGACGAGAUGUUCGAGGCCGUCCGAUCCCGUGGCGCUGGCGUCCAUGUGGUCCCUACCUUUGCUGGAUGGUUUUCGUGGAAAGAAAUCCACCCAGUUGAGAAGCAGACCUUGCCUUCUUUUUUUAAUGGAAAAUCUGAGAAGCGGACACCUGAGGUAUAUUUGGCGGUUAGAAAUUCGAUCAUGAUGAAAUUUCAUGCCAAUCCUCAAUUGCAGCUGGAGUCCAAAGACCUGGCUGAGUUGUCAAUCGGGGAGACCGAUGCUCGGCAGGAAAUCUUGGAAUUCUUGGAUCACUGGGGCUUGAUAAAUUUCCACCCUUUCCCACCAGAUGGACAUGAGGAGAGUAAGCCAGAGGAGACCCAAGACAAUUCUAAUGACGAGAAAGCUUCUUUGAUCGAGCAACUGUUUAAGUUUGAAUCAGUUCAAUCAUAUAUGACGCCUUUACCAAUGAAAGAAGAUGUGAGAGCUCCGCCUCCUCUGCCUAGCUUGAUUCCUGAAUCUGUACUCAUUCAAGAUGUGGUUGCAGCAGCUGAGCCUUCUGUUGAGUACCACUGCAAUUCCUGUUCAGUUGAUUGCUCACGGAAGCGCUAUCAUUGUCGGACCCAGGCAGAUUUUGACCUCUGUUGUGAUUGCUAUAAUGAAGGGAAAUUUGAUCCAGGCAUGGCCAAAACCGAUUUCAUCCUCAUGGAUUCUGCAGGAGUUUCAGGUGCUAGUGGUACUAGUUGGACAGAUGAGGAAACAUUACUUCUAUUAGAAGGUUUGGAAAUUUUUGGUGGAAAAUGGGCUGAGAUUGCUGAACAUGUUGCUACUAAGACAAAAGCACAAUGCAUGUUGCACUUUCUUCAAAUGCAAAUUGAAGACCGCUUCCAUGAUGGCAAAGAUAUUAAUCAAAACAUCCCAGUAAGUACAGAUCAAGCCACAACUGAGAAAGCCAUUGCUGAAACAUCUGAGAAAAUGGAAGUUGAAGAUAAAGUGGAAGGAAGAGGUACUGUGGAUGAAAAGGCCUCAGAGAAAACAGAGGGAAACUGUGAAGAAACAAAAACUGAAAAUGCCAGUGUUGUUGUAAAUAAAGAUACUCAGAAUUCAGAUGGCAGAGAUUCAGGUGCAUCUCCAAGCACUGAAGAGCCAAAGCAAUCUUCUGAUGAGCAACCUGUAGUAAAGGAAAAUUCUGCAGAUGUAGAUACUUCUGGUGAAAAACUAUCAAAUGUUGCUAUUGAUAUCUUAAAAUCUGCAUUUGAGGCUACUGGUCACAGCCCAGAAUAUGAAGGUUCAUUUGCGGAUGCAGGAAAUCCAGUUAUGGCACUAGCAGCGUAUUUAGCUGGUCUUGUGGAAGAUGAUAACACCACCACUUCAUUCCGUAGUUCACUAAAAUCUGUAUCUGAUGUGUCUCCUGCACUCCAAUUAUCAAGUAGGCACUGUUUUAUUCUUGAGGAUCCGCCAGAUGAACUCAAAGACAUUUGUGCUAGUGUAAGUAAGAAAAAUAGAGAUGGUGAUCAAAAACAAGAUGAGGAUAUGAUUCAAAAUUCAAUUGAUACCGAGAAAAAAGAGAUCAAUGAGAAAGAAGGUAAGUCUUUAUCUGUGGAAAAGAAAAACAAUUCAUCCAUGUCACAAAAUGACCACCAAGAAUCAGGCAUUAAGAGCGUCUCAAGUGAUGAUUGCUCCUUAGUGGAGCCAAAAACCAAUAAUGCUAAGGAGUCAGGUGAUUCAACUGCUAUUGGGGACAAGAGUGCAACCGAAACUACAAAAGGUUCAAUAAGUUCCAUGAAAGAUUCAGUUCCUGUAGAUAAUGCGAGUGAAUGUGGUUUAUUAGCUUCUCCCGACGUUGUUGCAGGUAAUACUGAACAAGUGAAUGACUUGCCAAGUGUUGAGGUGGAGGCUCCUGAUGAUUCAUCUUCAAAAGGUAAGGAUGAGCUCAAUAAGACUAAAGAUGCAGUGGCGACACCAGCUACCGUACAGGAACAGAAACACAGCCAAACAUUGGGAAAUGGGGAUAGGGAAGAACCUAACAACAUUGAAAGUGUAGUUGUCGGUGAAGAGAAGGGCUCUGUAGUGACUGCCAACCGACCUGAUUCCAUAGCUAGGCUCAAAAGAGCAGCAGCUACUGCUGUUUCAGCAGCUGCUGUGAAAGCUAGGUUUCUCGGUGAUCAGGAGGAAUAUCAAAUUCGAAGGCUGACAGCACUUGUAAUCGAAAAGCUGUUCCAAAAAAUAGAAGUGAAGAUGUCAUUGUUUUCAGAGAUUGAGCAGGUGGUCUUUCGAACGAGAGAGUACACCGAGAAGACCAGAAAGAAGCUCCUGAAGGAACGAAAUGCGAUUAUUGCAGCUCGGAUGGGCGCAUUGCCGUCUAGGCCAAACCAGACAGGUGUAGCCGGAAACAGGUUACCACCUGGGUAUGGCAACCCUCCUGUAAGGCCUCCAAACGCAAUGCCUCGGCCCACCAGCUGAGGAAAUUCCGGAUUCCGGACACCCAGUGAUCUAUACCCCAUUCUUUUAGAAGCAUACCCCAAAGACUCAAACCUGCCAGCUUGUUGUAGCAUUUUUUAGAAAGUACAUUGUACAAUUGUCUGUAUAACUGCUUCUAUGAAAAUUCACCAAACCUCCACAACUGUUUUAAACAUUCCAUCAGAUAGGAAAAUUCCAUUUCUCUACAAUGAACAGCCCACUUGACCGUUAGCAAGAUUAUUUCUGCUCAAUUUACUAAAAUAGAAUGCUAUAUAUCUGCUCAAA